AUGUCGGACCUAACAUCAUGGCAGGCUGGCCAAAGCAACCCCUCUGGAGGACCUUGGCCAGAGCAGGGCGAGAAGCAAGAAGACGGGUCUCGCUCGGAACUAGAGUCAUCAGAGGGGCACGACAUCCCGUCCAGCUCACCCGACAAUGAUAUCAAGAAUGGAAGCUGCUGGACUGGUAUCAAGAAGCGCUUGACGGUUACCUUUAAGGAUCUUUCUAUCCUGGUAAAUGAGCGCGGAACCGAUUAUUGCGAAACCUUCGCUUCACGGAUCGAUCCAAGAGGGAUAAUCAACGGCAUAAAAGCCAGGAAGCUUCCUCAAAAGCACAUCCUUCAUCAAGUCACCGGCCAGGUUCGGCCUGGAGAAAUGUUGCUUGUUGUUGGUCGCCCGGGAUCCGGCUGCACCUCUCUACUUCGCAUGCUAGCCAAUGAUCGCGCAUCACUCAAGAGCAUCCAAGGCGAAGUUCAUUUUGGCAACGCGGACCAUGUAGAAGCCAAGCAAUUCCGGCAUCAAAUGAUACUCAACAACGAGGAUGACAUUCACUUUCCCACGCUUUCUGUAGCUCAGACUCUGGAGUUUGCUCUGUGGACUAAUGUACCUGAUUAUCGACCAGACGAACUGAAGAAGAUUAAUCAUUACACAAGCAACGCUUCGUCAGAUAUUCUUGGGUCUCUGGCAAUUGGACAUACGGCAGACACUCUGGUCGGGAACGAGUUUGUCAGGGGUGUUUCUGGUGGAGAAAGAAAGCGUGUCUCAAUUGCCGAAGUCAUGGCAGGGCAGGCACCCGUCCAGUGCUGGGAUAAUUCAACAAGAGGCCUUGAUGCCAGCACAGCCUUGGAUUUUGGUCGUACACUCCGCAGCUCUGCACAGAAGCAAGAGAAAACAGUCAUUGCCUCAUUCUAUCAGACCGGUAAUGCAUUAUAUAACCUGUUCGACAAAGUUCUAGUACUUUGCGAAGGAAGAGAGAUCUACCACGGCCCGCGAGAACUUGCAAAAUCAUAUUUUGAGGACAUGGGCUUCAUCUGUCCAAAAGGCGGCUCAGUGGCAGACUUCCUCACCGGGGCGGCGGUUCAUACCGAACGCAAAAUCAAACCUGGCUUCGAGAGCAGCGUUCCAAACACCGCAGAUGAGUUUGAACAGAGGUUCAAACAAAGCAAGGUUUAUAUCGCCAUGAUCGAGGACAUGGUCGAUCCAGCGGCUCUGGAGUACGAAAUUGAAGACUUGAAGCAGGCGAUGACUCUAGAACGGCAAAAGUCGCCACUCUUCAGGCAGAUUCAUAGUGCCUAUACGGUCAGUUUGUGGGAUCAAACGAUCGCUUGCGCUGUGAGAUCAUUCCAGAUCAUGUGGGGAGACCGCUGGUCCCUCAUAAUGAAGGUUGUUUCCGCGCUUGUUCAAGCCCUGAUGACUGGAUCCUUGUUCUACAACCUUUCCACAACGAGCAGCUCUGUCUUCCUUCGACCAGGAGCACUCUUUUUUGGAAUUCUAUACUUCUGCUUGCAAAUGCUUUCCGAAACCACAGCUUCUUUCAUGGGCCGACCGAUCAUCUCUCGUCACAAACGCUUUGGCUUUUACCGACCUACCGCAUACUGCAUCGCUGCUGUGCUGGUUGACAUUCCGAUCGUCUUUACGCAAGUCACAAUUUUUACCAUUGUUUAUUACUUCAUGGUUCAUUUCCAGGUCUCGGCAGCCAAGUUCUUCACAUACUGGGUUGUACUCAACGCUAUCACGCUCUGCUUCGCGUCCCAGUACAGGGCAAUCGGAGCUCUGUUCCGGCAUUUUGGGAAUGCAUCCAAGGUUUCGGGGACAAUUACAAUGAUCAUGAUGAUUUACUCCGGUUAUUUGAUACCAUUUACGUCUAUGCAUGUAUGGUUCCGUUGGAUAUUCUGGAUCAAUCCUGCUUCAUAUGCCUUCGAGUCACUCAUGGGGAACGAAUGGUCCGGCUUGCAGCUUUCCUGCCAGUCUCCACAGUAUCUACCAUACGGUGCCAGCUACGAUAAUGAUCACUAUCGGGCAUGCAGUGUUAUUGGAUCCAACGGAAACACUAUCUCUGGAGACGCAUAUAUCGCUUCCCAAUACAACUUCUCCAGGUAUCAUGUUUGGAGAGGUUUUGGCGUCAUAAUCGGUUUCUGGAUUUUCUUUGCUUGUCUUACUGCAAUCGGCUUCGAAAUGGCAGACAGCACCGGUGGCUCCGCUAAACUCUUAUUCAAGCGCGGUAGCAAUCCCAGCAUUGACGGAGACGUACUUGACGAAGAGAAGACGGUCGUCAGUACACAAACGACAGCGUCUACGGCAGGCCCUGCGACCGAAGAACUGAACAAUUCCAGUCACCAAUCGAUUUUCACUUGGAAGGAUCUUGACUACUUUGUCAACGUUCAUGGGGACGAGAAACAACUUCUCCAGAAAAUUUCGGGCUUCGCUAGGCCUGGUCAGCUAGUUGCUUUGAUGGGCACAUCUGGCGCUGGGAAGACAACGCUUAUGGACGUCCUGGCUCAACGAAAGGAUGCAGGGAGAAUCGAAGGCUCUAUUCAUGUCAAUGGAAAGCCACAAGAUAUUACCUUUCAGAGGACCACCGGAUACUGCGAGCAAAUGGAUGUCCACGAAUCCACAUCCACAGUUCGAGAGUCCCUGUUAUUCUCAGCUCGAUUGCGACAAGAGCACAGCAUCCCGGAUCAGGAGAAGGUAGACUACGUGGAGGAAAUCAUCGACCUUCUUGAGCUCCGCAAAAUUAAAGACGCAAUUGUUGGAGAACCUGGAGCUGGCCUCAAUAUCGAGCAACGGAAACGCCUGACUCUGGGUGUUGAGCUUGUCGCAAAGCCUCGACUUCUCUUCCUGGAUGAGCCCACCAGUGGCUUAGACGGUCAGAGCGCAUUCAACAUUGUCCGGUUCAUGCGAAAACUUGCAGACAGUGGACAGGUAGUAAUUUGCACCGUUCAUCAACCAUCAGCAGCCCUUUUUGAUGCCUUCGACUCCCUCUUGUUAUUGGCUAAAGGUGGUCGAACCACGUAUUUUGGCAAGACUGGAGAGAACUCGACACAUUUACUGGAUUACUUUGCCAGGAAUGGCGCAACGUGCGACCCCGAUGCGAAUCCAGCGGAGCAUAUCAUUGAUGUGGUUCAAGGUCGCAGUACCACAGGAAAGGACUGGGUUCAGAUCUGGGAAGAAUCACCUGAACGGCAGAAUAUGAUGCAAGAACUUGAAAGCUUGGAUAGAGAAGCUUUGCAGCACGCGCCCAUUAUUGAUGAAGAAAGCCAACACGAUCAGGUCCAUGACUUUGCGACACCCAUCCCAUAUCAGAUUCGUCUGGUAACCAUACGCCAGUCAAUUGCCUUGUGGCGAAAUCCAGACUAUGUUUGGAACAAGAUUCACAUGCAUAUUUUGCAGGCGCUCUUUGCUGGAUUCACAUUCUGGAUGAUUGGAGAUGGUAGCUUCGACCUCCAACUUAGACUAAUGGCCGUUUUCAAUUUCGUCUUCGUGGCACCAGGCAUGAUCAACCAGUUGCAACCUCUAUUCUUGCGAAACAGAGACGUAUUUGAGACCCGGGAGAAGAAGUCCAAAACAUACCACUGGCUCGCUUUCAUUGUUGCUGAAUGCGUCUCGGAAAUUCCAUGGUUGAUCAUCUGCGGCACGGUUUACUUCGCAUGCUGGUACUUUACAGCAGGCUUCCCUGUACAAGCGUCAAUAUCGGGUCAAAUCUACGUACAAAUGCUUCUAUACGAAUUCCUCUAUACUGCCAUUGGCCAAGCCAUUGCUACCUACUCUCCGAAUGCCUACUUUGCCUCCCUCCUGAAUCCUGUCAUCAUUGGAGCAGUUCUCAUCAACUUCUGCGGCGUCGUAGUGCCAUACGAUCAGAUUGUCGUAUUUUGGCGUUACUGGAUCUACUAUCUCAACCCCUUUAGUUAUCUUGUGGGAGGGCUUCUCGCCGCUCUCCUAUGGGAUGUUCCAGUUAACUGCAAGGGAAGCGAGCUUACCGAUAUUCCUCUCCCUUCGGGACAGACCUGUGGGGAAUACAUGUCGGCGUUCCUGGGUAACAACGCCGGCUACAUUGUGGACGGCAACAGCACAUCUUCCUGCCAGUAUUGCCCUUACAAGGCUGGAGCAGAGUAUGCCCAAACUUUUAAUCUCAAGGCCAAAUACUACGGCUGGAGAGACGUGGGUAUCACAGCCCUCUUCUGUAUUGCGUCGUAUGGCUUGGUAGUUCUCAUGAUGAAGAUUAGAACCAAGGCCACGAAGCGAUCAUCAGAUUAG